CCAAAAGUAUUAACAGAAUCAAUCUGAUCCCCUAAGCUGAAUCAAACAUCUAUUACACGUGUCUCAAAAUUCAGCCCUUUGAUCUGAUUACUCUCAUACUAUCGCCCCCUUAAAUACCAGAUAAAACCCCUCCCCCCGGCUCUUUCUCGUUUUUUUUUUUCUCUCCUUGGUCCUAUAUCGCAUUACACUACACAAACACAGGCUAGGUAUUAGGGAUUAGGGAUUUCUCUCUCUCUCUCUCUCUCUCUUCUUUUUGGGUUUCUGAAAAAUCAUCAGAGAACUGGCUAAAUUCCUCACCUUUCCGAUACCUGAUCUAGGAAUAGCAAAAUAUAAGUGCAAUGGAGAAAGAACUGGUGGAAUUUUUCGAAGCGGCGAAAAAAGCAGCGGACGCAGCUGCAUCCGAAUCGGCGGACGGAGGAGCCGAGGAAAGUCGGUGCCUUGAUGCUUUGCAGCAGCUCAAGAAUUUUCCUGUCACUUAUCAACUUCUUGUCUCCACCCAGGUUGGGAAGCGUCUUCGACAUCUCACAAAGCAUCCUAGGAAGAAAAUCCAAUCAUUUGCUUCUGAACUGAUGGAGAUAUGGAAGGAUAUAGUUAUAAAGGAAACAAACAGAAACAGAAAAAAUGAAAGCUUGGAUGUUAAGGAUUCUGUCAAAGUUGAGUCUGUAAGUGCAGGGACUCCCAAGGCUGAGAAGGAUCAGAAGCCCUUUUCUGUGAAGGUUGAGAAAGUUUCGAAGGCUGAAAGCAUCAAGGUCGAGAAAAUUGAUCGAAAUGGUACACCAAGCUCGGAGAAAGUUUCAAUGUCAGUUGGUGUCAAAAGAGAGAGAAAGGUUAGUGUAGAUGUUGUCAGGAUUGAGAAAACUGAUUCAGCUGAAAAAGUUAAGUUUGAACAGAGAAUUAAAGAAGAAAAGCAAGCUUCUGGAGUGAAGAAACACUCACUAGUCCAUGGUGCUCCCCCAAAGCUGACAUCAAUGGUUAAAUCUAAUGAUUCCGUUCGGGACAAAGUACGAGAAAGUCUUUACCAAGCUUUCUCUAAAGUUUCUAAUGAGGCUGAUAAUGAUGUUAAGGAUGAAGUGAAUGCAUGCGAUCCUAUUAGGGUUGCUGUUUCUAUAGAGUCUCUUCUGUUUGAGAAGUGGGGAGGUUCUCUAGGGGCUCAAAAGGCCAAGUAUAGAUCCUUAAUGUUCAAUCUUAGGGAUGGUAACAACCCAGAUUUUCGGAGAAGGGUACUUCUUGGACAUAUCAAACCAGAGAGGCUUAUCAACAUGAACACAGCAGAAAUGGCAAGUGAUAAGAGGCAAAAUGAGAAUAAAAAGAUUGAAGAGAAAGCAUUAUUUGACUGUGAGCGUGGAGGGCAACCCAAAGCAACAACUGAUCAAUUUAAGUGUGGUAGAUGUGGGCAACGCAAAUGCACCUACUACCAAAUGCAGACACGGAGUGCUGAUGAACCUAUGACAACAUAUGUAACAUGUGUAAACUGCAAUAACCAUUGGAAAUUCUGUUAAGUGUUGGGUAGCCAUUCUUUAUUGGAUAGCCAUCAUCAUGAGAGAAUUUAUGUAACUGCUCGUGUCAUGGUGUUUAUGUUUCAGCACCUAGUGUUAGUAGUCAAGAGUCUGAAAUUUCAGUGAAGAACCUUUAUUUGUAGAAUUAAAAUUUUAUUUUAUUUUUAUUGAUGUUAUUGUAGGUGAUUUAGAUUUUACUUUGUUUGGAUGCUGAAAGUUUUAUUGGAGUAACGCGUUUUAUUUGGUAAA